AUGCCUACCAUUUUGUAUAAUAGCAAUUCCAGCUUAAUUUCCAAGUACCGAAGAUCCAACGCUUCUAAACCAUACAAGGGACUUUUGUCAAAAAAAGGACAUACCCGAUUAAGUUCUAAGUCAUCCAUUGACUCUUAUGGAGAAAAUUCUGAUUAUACAAGAGAUUCUAGCGAUGAUAUUGCGUUCCAGAGUGAGUUCGAGAAAGAUUCGGUUGAGUAUCUCCAGGAUUUAUGUUGCUCCGUAUACCCAAGUUCACUGCAUCAAAGAAUCGGAACACUGCAGCUUUUACCAGACCUGCAAAUAAAUGCAUUUAUUGCCUUAAUUUUUAAAAAUUUCGUUAAAUCUUGGUAUGGUGUCAAAAUACCCACUAAUGAUUCCAAAUUUUUAACUGAACUAUACAAUCUGGUUCAAGAUUUUAUAAAGUAUAUCAAAAGCUCCAAGAUUGAUUUCAGUAAUCUUCUACUUGAUUACAUUCCCUAUUUACUUUCGUCCCAUUUGAGGGCGAUGGGAGACUGUUUCCAGAACAUUGAAGCAGUUUAUUUACAGUACUGCCAACUGACUUUGUAUGAUCGUAAGCGAUACCCUAGCGUAUUCGUAGAUAUCAUACAAAGUAAAUUAAACACCAAAUCUCUGUUACAGAGAAGUUUUUUGGACAGUUUUUUAAGUGAACUUGUAUUCGGACAUAUAUUUGAUGCAAUAGUGGAACCAUUCUAUAUCUUGGAUGGCUUGAAUAAAAUUUGCAUGCAGAUAAAGCCGAACGCAACAGCAAAUAUCAACAAAGGGAAUGCAUUGUGUGAUAAAAGUAAAUAUGGCCCCUGGUGGUCUCUAUCCAACAUAAAGCAAAACGUUUCCCAAAUGGUUAGACUCAUGUCUUCCUCAACCGCAGCAGAUUCACCAAACCUAGGCGCCAUCAGUAUCCCACAAGUACCAUUUUUACAGCGGUACUUUUUUACUUUUGUCAUCGUUGAUCUUUUUAAGUUACCCAUGAGGAAACCGUUCUUAUAUUCAAUAUGCAGAACGUUUCAAUAUUGGGUUUCUAAAUCCAAGACGUUAAACAAGGUAAUGUAUAAUAUCUUUGUCAAUACCGCGCAGACUAAAUUCACCAGUCCUAUGACAAUUGGUAACUUAUUCUUAUCACUACGACAUUCCUUAUUCCCAAAUGAUAACAUGAUGGGACCACCAAAAGUAAUACCAACAGGCGAUGCUUUCCUGAAAUUUGGGGAGGAAUGCACUUCCAAUUUAUGGGGUGUGUGUACGACCUAUAAACUUGACAAAAUGCUAGCUAUUAAAAAGUCUGACAUAACAGACCUUGUUAUUUGCUUAUCAAAGAAUAGAGAUUGUAAUAAACUGCUACUUUAUAGAAUCAUUGACUGUGUUGUUGCUCAGUUACCAUAG